CUCUGUAAAAAGAGUCUUAGAUACAAAUGAUCUGGCCGGAAUCCGAAUGAAUAAGAGUUUCGGAUCUCUUGUCGUUGGCGUGGGAGGUUUCGAAAACCUACCGUUUUUGGAAAAGGAUUGUCGGAAUUACAUCGAUAAGGCAAGACAUUUACGACUUGGCGCUGGUGGUGCUGGUGCGCUUCGGGAAUAUUUUGAACGGAUGCAAUACAAGAAUCCUGGGUUCUUUGCGUCGAUGGAUUUAGAUGACGACGGGAGGUUGAAGAAUGUCUUCUGGGCAGACCCCCGUAGUAGGGCAGCCUAUGACUCUUUCGGUGAUGUGGUUACAUUUGACACCACAUAUCUGACGAAUAGAUAUGGGAUGCCAUUCGCACCAUUUGUUGGUGUAAACCACCACGGCCAGUCAACUCUUCUGGGAGCAGGAUUGAUAUCCACUGAGGAUACGGCAACAUUUGUGUGGUUAUUCAAGACCUGGUUACAGUGUAUGGAUGGUAUAGCUCCUAGAGCUAUUAUCACAGAUCAGGACAGAGCAAUGAAGAAUGCUAUUGCUAUUGUCUUUCCACAGAGUCGACAUCGAUUUUGUUUGUGGCAUAUACUGAAAAAAGUUCCUGAGAAGCUUUCCUCCUAUUCUGCCUACAAAAGUGGGAUGAAAAAUGCUUUGAUGAAAUGCGUGUAUGACACUCAAAAUGUUGCAGAGUUUGAAAGCGCUUGGGAGCAAUUAAUCAGCACUUACAAGUUGGAGGAGAAUGCGUGGCUGAAAAGUUUAUACACUGAGCGUGAGCAUUGGGUACCGGCAUUCUUGAAAGAUACUUUUUGGGCGGGGAUGAGUACAACGCAGCGGAGCGAGAGCAUGAAUGCUUUCUUUGAUGGUUAUGUUCACGCGAAGACAAACUUGAAAGAGUUUGUCGACCAGUUUGACAACGCAUUGAAGAAGAAAAUUGAGAAUGAAAAUAACGCUGACUUUCACUCAUUUAGCGUGACCAUUCCUUGUAUAUCUAGAUCUCCGAUCGAAAAGAAGUUUCAAGAAUUAUACACGAAUGCAAAAUUCAGGGAAGUCCAGCGAGAAUUGCAAUGUCUAAUAGAUUUGGCUCCAGAAUUACUUAAGAGAGAUGGUGGUGUCAAGACGUAUCUUGUUGAGGAUGAAGUUCAUGUGGAAGACUUCACUAAGCUAGUGACAUAUUCAGUGGACUUUAGUGAUGUGGAUACAGCUGCAAACUGUUCAUGUGGGCUAUUUCAGAUGAGGGGUAUACUGUGCAGGCAUAUUUUGGUUGUUUUUAAAUGUAAUGGUAUAAAAGCUUUGCCAAAACAGUAUAUUUUAGACAGAUGGAGGAAGGACAUUAAGAGGAGGUACACGUUAAUCAACAGCAGCUAUGACCAAGGGGCUCAGCGAGCAGAUGCUAACAGAUAUUCUACUUUGUUGAAUAUAUGUUAUAAGAUGAUUACUCACGCUGCGGGUUCAAAAAAACAUACUGAGGAUGCUACACAGAAGUUGUAUUCAAUGAUUGAGUUAUAUAGUGACAACCAAGAACCUCCAUCAAGAACAUGCACGGGAUCCAAUGUUGUUCCUUCGAUACCGGAUGUUUCUACAUGUGCGGGUUCAGAUAAAGUACUCAGUCCAUUGAUAGUAAGAGGAAAAGGCAGACCACCAUCUCUGAGGAGAGCAUCGACCAUGGAAAAAGAGAUAAGGAAAGUACGGGCGAAGGCCAAGAAUGCAACAGUCAAGGGAAAACGUAAACAGAGAGAUGGAGGAGAUACACCAUUGCCGGACACUUGCCGGAAUUUAUUUGGCCCGUCAGAUAAAGAUACUUGUGAUGUUGGAUUGUCGCAGCUUGUUGAAGAAAGCUCAAUUCUGGAAAAAUGUCGAACCCAGCGCCAAGGAUCAAUGAUCGGGAGUCAAGAAAUGGUGUGCUUUCCGUUGGAUGGAUCACAACCGGUGGAUGGAUCACAACCGGUGGAUGGUACUGAUUCAUGACCCCACCACGUCAGAAAUAUAUAGCAUGCUCAUCCCACACAAAUGCCCACGGCCAGAAUUACUAAGUUAAUCAGAGAGACACAGUUAUUAUUGUUGCUUGUGAGAAAUGUAUUUGG